AAAGGGUGCUUUAUUGAAGAAUUUCAAAUACUGAAUAAAAAUACAUUUAUCUGCAGGGUGGAGGUAGAGUUUAUGUUCUCGUAUGGAAACUUUGGUUAUGGAUUUUCACAUCAGUUAAAACCUCUUCAGAAAAUUAUUGAGCCAUCCAUGUUUAUGAAUGUUGCACCACCUCCAGAAAGAACAGACCCUGUGACAAAUGUAAUUACACCACAGCCAAUAGAAUAUCCAGCAUUCCUAUCCCCAGACCUGAAUGUUACUGUUGGCAUGCCAACUGCAGUGCCCCAAACUGACCAGCCAUCUGUAGUGCGACUUGAAAAGCUUCAGCAACAACCUCGGGAAAGGCUGGAAAAAAUGAAAAAAGAAUAUAGAAGUCUGAGUACAUGGAUUGAAAAAGUUAGCUAUUUAGAAGAAGUUCUUACCCCAAAAAUGGCCCAUGAAGAACAUAAGGGAAGUGAUACCAGUGAGGUACUUGAAAGCAAAUUUGAAAAGGAGCCUGAAGAUAUUGUAAUAUCAGAUGUUUCCUCUAUAAAGGAAGGAGCUGAAACUGCUCCAAGUGAGUUGCAGGAUAAUGAUGAUAAGAAAGGCCUUACUCUUCUACCAACUUUGAACCAGUCAGAUGAAGAUAAUUCAGAUGCUAUUGAGGUUGCUUCUAAAAGUGAUGAGUCACCAAAGCAAACAGAUGAGUCACCAAAGCAAACAGAUGAGUCACCAAAGCAAACAGAUGAGUCACCAGAGCAAACAGAUGAGCCACCAAAGCAAACUCCAUUGCUUUUUAUGUCUAGCCUGACAGUAAUGACACCGACACCAUCUUUAGAUGAACACCAGUCAGAAGCUGUGCCAGAGGGAAAAAUGAAAAAUGUAUUGUUUCCACCACAUAUGAAAGAUAGAUAUCCAAGCCUUUCACAAACAGACUCAUCUCCAUCAGAGGUGAUUUUUUCACCAAAGGAAUAUAUUUCGCCAUCUUUCAGACCAGAAUAUAUAGAAUUCAAACCAAAAUAUCAGUUCCAGAAAUUCAACUUUAAGAAUGGUUUUGAUCCUUUUCUAAGAAAUAUAAACAACAAAAUGUCAGUCAGAAAAAAGAAAGACCAAGAUAUGUCCAGAUGUAGAAACGUUUUAAGUGCAGAGGUUAUAGAGCAUGAAGACCAAGAUCCUCCUUACCCAACAUAUUCAAAAACUGCAAGACCUACUGAUAAAACCUGGCUACGUGAUCCUGGUAACACCACAGUAAAGACUUUAGACACUAAGACUAAGUUAGCCCAUGAUCCUGAUUUCAUCACAAUAAAGACUUUAGACACUAAGGGUAAUUUUGCCCAUGAUCCCAGUAUGACCACAAUAAAGACUUUAGAUACUAAGAAUAAGUUAAAAGAAAGACUACCAAAUGUAUCUCUACCAAACUUUGAAGGGGAAUCGUCAAUGACUAGAAGUGUAAAUGCAUGUCGCCUCACGAAAUCAUUAAGUCUUACUUCCCACCUAGAAAAUUUAAAACAAUCAAUGAUGCUCAAGUCAAUUUUAGGUAAAAAUCUGCAAGACCUAUCAGAUAAAUUAUUUUCUAAACCAGAAGUUCCUAUCGACACUGAAACAAGAAAGAAAAGUCUUAGUUCUCCACUUAUACGUGUUCCUGAUGAACCACCAACUAGUGUGGAAAACAAAGUAUUUGAAAAACUUCAAGAUUUAAAUAGCUUGCUUUCAGACAAAGACAUUGUAAUUUCAAAGUCUCUUUUAAGACAAAUAAUUAAAGAUAUUUCUGCAGAUUCACUUUCAGAAGGUGAACCAAGAAAUUCUCCAGAGGUAAAAGGGGAACUUGUCUCUGAAAAACACUUGGAGUCUGGUGAGAUUGAUUUUCCAAUUAAAACAAAUAAUUUCAAAAAGAAAAAUUCCAAAAUUGGAGUGUCUAGUCCUCAAUCCAGUGUAAGCAGACUUGCACAUGAUUAUGUUAUAAAGCAAAUAUUCACUGCACCUGUCUUCUCAGAGUUGGAAAUAGGAAUGAAAGAAUCGAGUAAGGUACCGAUAAAUUUGCAGAAUCAAUUACCCGCUGCUUGCGAGAGUUUAUCUUCAAAUAUUCUACUUCACUAUGAAGAAAAUGAUGAAAUAGAAUUCCCACAGGCCAAAUCUGUUAUAAGCCAGAUAAUACAAGCAUUUCCUGUAGAUAGUCUUUUAGAAUCUGGGAUAAUCAAAGUGAUAGAAUUAAAUAAAGAAUAUCAGAAGAGUUCCAUGCUGAAUACAGGGACAGCCUUUGCUGAAGAAGAGCCAAAGUAUUCCACAGAGGAUUAUUCAGAAACCCAAAGCAAAACAGAACCUCUUUCAGAUCAGAAUAUACUCAUCAUUCCCAAAGAAACUACUUCUUUUAAUAGAAUUGGAUAUGUGGAUGAAGAUGAAGGCCAAAACAUAUCCCCACAAGAUUCACAAUAUCAGUCAACACCAGAUAAAAAAACAGAUAUGCUAAAUAACAGUCAGAGGUUUGAUAGAAAAGAAAAUGAUCUAGAUUCUACUUUAGAAAAUUUAAGUAACUCAUUAAUGGGUAAACUUAAUGAUUCAGAUGUAAUAAUGUUAAAAUCCUUUUUAAAACAUAUGUUUAGUAUUUUCUUCAAAUAUAAUCAAUCUGAAAGUAGACAACCAGAAAAAGAAUUAGAAAGGCUAAUCCAGCAUCCUUUUCCAAAUAAUAUAGAAGACCUUGAAGAAAUCAAAGAGAAUUCUGGUAAAGCAGAUAAAUUAGACAGAAAGCCUAUUUUGAGUCCAAAGUUGCGUGUAUUUCUAGAAGAACUCUCAGAGUCAGAAAUAAAAAAUUUAAAAUCUGAACUAAGUAAACAUAUCCAACAUUACCUUGUAGAAAGACUUUCAGAAUCUGGACACAUCACUAAAGAAGACUUACCAAAAAUCUAUCAUAAUCUGUAUUUGAUGAAUGAGAAAGUAGAACCAAAAGGGCAGAAUAUUUUUCUGGAAAAAUAUUCAGAAACUGUGAAAGAAAUUGUGUCUUUUGUAAAUAAUUUUAAUCAUCAUUUCAUAGAUAAGCAUUUGGAAAUAAAGCUAAGAUCUUUUUUAAAUGAAAUUCUCCAAAACUAUUUCCUAAAAAACCUUUCAGAAAGCAGUUUAUUUAAAGAGACAGCAUCUGAGGCUAUACUCUCAAACAUGUCUUCUCUAAGAUCUAGAAGUGCCUCAGUAUCUUUUCAUGAGUUAGGACAAGACAUUUCAAGGGGGAGUUUUGGUGAAAGACUUGACAUAAACAUGAAAUAUCCUUUAAAUAAAUCACUACAAAACUAUCUUAAAGCUUUAUCAGAAAAUGAACUAUUUAAUCUAAAAGCUGAUUUAAGCAAACACCUCCAGAGUCUUUUUAUAGAAAAACUUUCAAAAUCAGGACUAGUCACAGAAAGGCAAUUAGAGGGGAUCAACCAGCAUAUAAAUUUGAUCAAUACUAGAUCCAUACCAUUAAAAUCUAUAACGCCAGAUUUAUCUUUUAGAAAAGAAAAUGAGUUUAUGGAGGAGAACUCAGAAAAGCAAAAUAAAUAUUCAAAAAUUGUUCAAGAAACCACUUUACAAAAAGUUCCUGAGGAUAUAAUUACAGAAACAGAACUAACCAAAAAGAAAGAAAAGGAUUAUUUUUCCUUACAGAACAUUAAGGAAAAUCCAUCAAUAAUUGAGGAACAGAAAGGACACUCUCCUAAAGAAGAAGCCAAAAUACUGAGAUUAAUUAAAGUACAACCUUCUUUCAACAAAAAUACCCAAGCAGUUCUAUUAAAUAAGUCAUCAGAAAGACUUACAGAUAUAGUACUUAAGAAACAAAGGAAAGAACAUGGUUUUAUGCAGCUUUCUCAAGCAGAAAAUUGUGAUUUUAAAACAGAAGUUCAAGACCCACAUAGUUGGAGUGGUAAAUCAAAAACAACUCAGUCAAAUGCUUGCUUUGAAAGGACACUAAAAAUGAAGUCCCUUGAAAAAACGGAGCAUAAUAACAUCUAUAAACUGAUGGCACAAGAAAAACUUGAAACAGUACAAUCACCAUAUCUAAGAAUACCUAAUUGCAAAAUGCCAAAUGAAAAUGAAGAAUAUCUAUACAGAUAUACUUUUCCUUCUAGGCAGACUGACACUUUUACUCAUUUCAAUUUAGAGGCUAGGGAGAAAUCAAACUUAGAAGAGCUGUAUUUUCAGAGAUUGAAAGGAAAUAAUAACAAUAAUAAAAAACAUUUAGUAACAUUUGCACAAUACAAAAAAAUACAGACUCUUUCUCUAAAGACAAAUGAAAUUUGCAAUGAAAAAUGUUCCAAGUUCCCUGAAUUACAGUCAUUUAAAUAUCAAAUUGUGGAAGCUGAGAAAAACUCAAAACCAUUUCUCUUCCCAGAAGUAUUAAAGAGAGAAAAUCUAAAGCCCAAGAUCCGAAAAGAAAGAGACCAUGUCAACAAACAAAAGAAGUCAUUUAGCAAAAUAGUUAGGAUACUACCAACCACACUGCCCACUGCAAGAAUUCUAAGGAAAUCUGUUCCAAGGACAUUGCUUCAUUGGACUGCAAGAAGAACUAUACAUGAUUGUUCGGAUAGAUUUGAGGAUAUACCUGUGAGCUCACUUAAGCAUGUUGAACAAGCAAAAUCAAGAGCAAGGCUUUUAGGAAAGAGCCCAGAUGAUAGCCAUAAUCAGUUAAAACACUUUGCAAGACCAAAUACUGCUCCAGAGGUUAACAAACGACGAGAAAGCCACAAUGGAAAACUGACAAAUUCUCGAAUGGUUUCAGCAGGCUUAGUUCAUAUAAAUGAUGCAAUCCCAGAUUAUGAAAUCCAUAGAAUGCGGCAAAAAAAGAAAUUAAAAGAAAAUAUUGAAAAGUGUUCGCUCAUUUGUGAUAUUAUCCAAAUGUUAAAAAUUCAGAAUGAUAUGUAAAGCCAACAAUCAGAAUAUCAUUUCUCCAGUUAACAAAAUGGUUUGGAGAUCUGUCCUUUUGUGUGAUAGAAGUCAGCAACCAAAUUUCAUCUUGUUAGAACCACUGUUUUAAUUAAAGUGAAAAACAAGCA